CUUUUCACCACAAAAUCACGUGAGAUGUUUCUUCUUCGUCACCAAGUUCUUUCAAGAACUCCAUAGCUUCUAACCUUCAUAACUUGCUCGUUCCUUGACCAAAUCGAGUGAUUCAAAGCUCUAAAUUGAGUAUUUUUUCGAGAGGAACACAUCUGUAACCUCGGUUUCCUUUGAAAACAUCCAGAAUCUCACGAAUCAUAUCGAGCACGAAGAACCCUAAUUUCCAAAUUUGGGGGUUUUUCUUCUAACGUGAAUCUAAAGUCACAUAAGUGUCUUUCCAAGCCUCCUAAGGCAGAAAGAUGGGUCGAAAAAGAGAUGCAGGAAAACAGAAAGCGGUGGAGCCUGCUGCACCGGCUAGAGAGAGGAAAAGGAGAGGCACUGGAAUCGAAAUUAGGGACGCUGAAAUGGAGGAAGUGCAACCAGCGGUCAUAGAACCGCAAUACGGUCUUGCGCAUGUUCCGUAUACGGUUCAAUGGAAGGAAGGAUCGCUUAGCAAGAUGGCCGCUGCCUAUCAACCGGAGUUAUAUUAUGAAAAAAUGGGCGCGGAAUCGACGAUUAAGGCUAAUUUGACUCUCGAGAAAGUGGUGUACAAGCCUGAUUUCAAAGCUUUGGGUUUCCACAAGAUGUUAGAAGAUCUUGGGUGGGGGGCUGUGAUGGAAUUUCAAGGUAACAAAAACGGGGAUAUUUAUUUGAAAAGUGUUUUAGAAUGGAUGAGCACACUGACAAAGGAUGACGGGCCGACCCCGUCGUAGACCACUACAUUGACCGGCAUGGUGAACGGGAAGCCGGCUACAAUGUCAUUUGCAACCUGAAACAGUUGGCCCCAUUUGAUUCAAAGGCAGAUAAGUUUUAUAACUAUGUCAAGGAAAAUGAUCUGUUCUUGCAUCAGAAAAAUCUGGCCAGUGAGAGUGUAACGCAACGAGAAUUGUUUAUGCUAGAGAAGGGAGAAGUCACAAUGAAGCGAGACCAUCUUAAGCCAUUGGUACGGUUGUUGUUUAGUUUUGUGGCAGCGAAUGUGAGCCCGAGGGUAGGUGAUAAAUCGAUACUGAGGUUAUGGGAAAUACCAAUUUUAUAUGCUAUCCUGACUGGAGAAAUCAAGUUCUCUUUUCGACAUCUGGUAUUGCUGAAUGUAUAGAGAUGCCGAAAUCAAAAAGGAAAGAAACUGACACCUCAUGUGCGCUUGAUCAGUGCGUUGUUAGAAAAACAACAAGCUUUGCUUCCAAAAGAGAAACCGUACAAUAGGCCGCAUAUAGUUUACCGACUUAGCAAAGUUUGCUUGCAUGAGAACCAUUUAUAUAAGCAAACAAAAGUGUGGCAGAAAAUUGAAUUCAGUGAUAAAGCAAAGUUGAAGAUUUUACAGUGGGGUAAGGAGAAACCGAGUCAGGGCGGAAUGGAUGACUUAGACUCCAGCGAUGAGGAGUUGAUAAGAAGAAAAAGGGCAGCUGGAGAACUUGGUGGCGAGGGGUCUAGUGUUCGAGCAGAAGAACUGGUACAGUAUGAGCCGAGACAUUCGGGUUAUUCAUGGGGAGUGUUUGACGACGAGAUGCAAGCGAGAGUAGAUAGUAGUCUGCCACCUGAGUAUGCUGAUUGGGAAUUGUGGCAGAAGGCUAUCUAUGAUCAAGGGACGAGGCAGGAUGUCAAUAGAGAACAACAGCAUGAUGAGUUGAUGGCGUACAUGCAUCGAUCUGAUCAGGUAAGGCAUAUGGAUGCUCAAAUGGAACUGAAUUUGCAAGCUUAUGACAGGAAUCAAAUUCGAAGGCAUCUGGAUUAUUAUGCCGGGGUCCCCAUUGUUGAAAAUCCACCGUAUGUGGAUUAUAGUCAGUUACCUCCGUAUGAGCCAGGCAUGCCUCGACAUCCGAUGCCUCAAGUACAUGGCUCAAUGUGGCUCCCGCGACAGUAUUCGGAGCCACAUUUUCAGAGUUCGUACCCGUACCGGCCACCACCGUAUGAGUAUCCUGUGCAGCAACAACAUCAAGAGCCUCAGUCGUCAUCUGCACAGCAACAGGAGCAGCAAGGAGGGCAUCUAGCAGACAUAUUUGAUAUGAGCUCAUUCUAUGAGCAUUUGGGCGGUUUUUAUGGUGGGCCACCGGGUCCGUCAUAUCAGUGAGGCACUCUCUGAUUUGUUCAGGUCCAUGUGCUCUCCCCCGUUAUGAACAACUAACUGCUUCUCUUUAUGUUUGUUUCAUGUUUUGUACUUGGUGGUGUUUAAACUCUAUGUGUCGUUUUAUGGGAUGUGUUUCGUUGGUUUGUUUUGGUAUGAGUUAGCCGCUUAUUUAGGAUAGUUGGUUUGUUUCCCGGGCUAUAUUUUGAAAGCAUCAUACAUUGGGGACAAUGUAUCCCAAGUGUGGGGAUGGGGGAGCCCGGGAAAGGGUUUGUGGAUAAAGCUUUGAAGCGAUUGAAAGUGGUUGAAAUCGAUGAAAAUUGAAAAAAAUUGAAAAUUUUGAAAAUUUUGAAGCUUUUGAAUUUUUCAUCGCCUUAAACAAGCUAAUUGGAUACGAAAACCUGAAGUUUCAAUCACUAAUAGGCUUCUUACCGGUAGUAGACUAGAUUAGUCCCUUGUCAUGGUUGUCCCUUUAAGUUUCAUGAGAGUAGGUUUGACAAGUGUUUUAUAGGAAACGAGUUGAAAAGAGAUGUCUAUCUAGGGGUAACAUGUUUUAAUUGCAUAUGCUACAUGUCGUCAACAUUUUUUACCUUUUCUUGGUGAGAUCUUGAGCCUGUAGACGAAUAGGAUACAUUAUAUGAUGAAUUCAUUUGUUGAGUGCAGGCUACGUGUUAUUCUGUGUUAGAACUUGUAUGAUUCGAUGCAUGCUGAGACUGUGAGUUUGACAUGUGCACAUAUAUGAUAAAGGCAUUAGGAUUUCCGUUACACCCUGUGUGUUUGUGUUUCUUUUGUGUUAUUCACCAAAUUUCCAUUAGUAGCCCUGUUGAGCCUAACUACCUUUCGUUUGUUCGCCCAUUAUCUACUGUGAAAAACCGACCGUGAUGAUAUUGUUAUGAAAGAAAAAAAAUGAAAAAAAAAAGAAAAACAUAGAAAAAUAUGUGAAAAAAAAUGAAAAAGAAAAGAAAAAAAAUAUAAGUAUUGUGAAUAUCGUAUGUGUUCUUGGGUAGAAACCAACCCAAAAGUAUAAGUUGUGUUUGAAUAAAGUAUCACGGUUUGGUUAGUGUUUGUGAGCCAAUUAGAAAAAAAAAAAAGAACCCAAAAAUAAUUUCCUACCUUUACCCUAAGCCCAAAACCCGAAAGUCCUUGUGAUAUGUGCCAUGUUAGAUGAUACAGUGGAGGUGUGAUUGUCAUACAAGCCUAUGAUUACAGGAUUUCAUGUUUGCUUUUUGAGUGUUUUGUAUACUAGCACAUUACACGCUAGUCCAGAUAUUAACCCGAGAGGAGAGUACAUUGUGAGGGGUGUGUAGCAUGUGUCUAAUUGUAAACAUGUUAGUUUUAGAUAGACAAGUCUUAAAUUUUUAAAAUUGCAUCAUUUACUUGUCAGACUGUCAAUCUCGAUUGUGUCAGUCUAUGGGAUGGGUAUGACUUGGGACUGAACAGGUUGAACCGGUUAGGGAGUUUAGAGGUGUUGUGCUAUGGUGACUAGUUCUAGUUGGUUUGCUUGAGGACAAGCAAAGGCAAGUGUGGGAAUGUGAUGGAGAGGGUGAAACCCGAGCUUUAGAGUGGUUAAUUAUCAUGUUUUAUGUGUAUUUGAUGUGUUUAUUUGCUUGGAAUGAAGUAACUAUGAGAUUUUGGUGAUUUGUAGGGAAAACACGUAAAUUGGUGCAUUUACGAUGGUUAAAGAUGAAGUUGUGAGCUUUGGAUGGGAUAUUGCAGCUCAAGGAUGAAUAUUGAAGUUUGUUCGGGUGAUAUGAAGGCCCACGAGUGAUAGGAGAAUGAAAGAACAAAGUUCAGGGACCAUUUGGUACUUAAUUGGAAGUUGCUUUGUGCCUAAAUAUGCAAGAAACAAGAUUCUACAAAGUAUAGGGGCCGUUUGGUAAUUAAUUGGAAGUUAAUCAUAGUUGAAAUAUUGAAGACAUAAGUGAUAUUGAAGUUUGAGGGGUCUCCGGGUCAUUAAACGAAAGUUAUAUGAUGGGUAUAUGUUAAGAAGAUGAUGGGAGUUUAGUUGGGGGGACCAAUCUUGCCAUUCUAUGAAAGUUGCACAAUUGUUGGAGGAAAGUGAGGCAAUUCACGUUUUCACCCAUGGUUUGUAAACCAUGAGUCAUGGUUCAGGAGUAUGUAGUUAUAAAACCAACAGCAAGUCUAUACCGUGACCCCCACUUCAGACUGUGACUCCCUGUUCAGAAUUCCUGUUAGUGCAGCAAAGGUAAACUGUGACCCACGGUACUGAAGUGUGGGUGAAGCUGGGCAAUAGGGGAGCGCGAAUUGGGCUUAUUUUAGAGGGUUUUAUAAGAUAAAAACCCUAGUUUCUCAUUAUCUAUCAUUCCCAAUCGAUCCAAGGCAUCAAAAUACAAAAGAUUGAAGACUUUUUCACCCCAAAUCCAUCAAGAUUCUUAAUUUCAUCACCGAAUCAACCAUGAUUUCUUCAUCAAUUCAAGCUUUUGAAGAUUCUUCGUGCGAGAUGAGCGGCUAAACUUUUUGUGGUUUCCUCCGGAUGGAGGGUUUAUGUAAUUAGGUACUUUUAUGUGUUUUUAAUCAUUGUAACUUGGUGAUCUAAGCAUUCGAUGCUUUUCACCAUGGAUUUAAUUGACUGAUUGUAACUGGUUGCAUUUAUUUAAACCUUGAUUUCUAAGCA